CUUUUCGAUACCUUGUUCGGGAUCGUCGGUCCCGUGAACGAUACUUUCACGAACCAAUCUUCAGAAAGUAUUUUAGAGGUAUACUCCCUGUUUCGGUUGAUUCGGGACUGAUCAGGGCCAAAAAAUCCAAUUUCACGCAUUGGUCGGAAAUAAAAUGUAAUCGCUGACAAGAUAUUUCCGUAAAAUGUAGGUUGUAGUUUUCUAGAAUCUUUAUUUCGCCAAUCAUAAGCGGUAUAAAAUAGUUAUUAUUGUAAGAAGACUUAUUACGGAAAAGAAAUGAGGAACCUUUGGUUAAACAAACCUACAAAAAAAAUGUGUAAACAUCCGAAAGACAAAAAAACACGUUAAAUAUCGAUCGAAAAAGAAAAAAAAAUUACAGAAAAAGAAAAAUUCCAUAGAAGUAUAUAUUAAACCUACCAUCUGGUCCGCGUGCACUGCGUCUCGAGAUCGGCGUGUCAACAACUUCGACGUUACGCCGAGAGCCACCGAAGACCCGAAUAAAAAUGACUCCGGCUGUGGGGGACGCGGACCCACGUUGUUUGAGAACAUUUACUGUCACCAAAGUGAGUACAUAUUACCUUUGGUUUUUGUAUUUAAAUAUUAUUAUUUAUUGUAUUUACGUCUUGUCGGCGCGUCCCGUUAUGACUUCUGGCAAUAAUAACUACGAUUUAACGGUUUUCUUAUUGCGUGUGUGUUCCGUGUAGAAAUUCGUCGAAAAUUUUAGCCGCGAGUCGAACACCGAGUACACUGGCACCAACAUUACCGCACGGCAUUGCUUCAUGCCCGUGUUCGUAGACGCGUAUACGAGCGAUAUCGAGCCGCACCUUGUGGCUCUUCCCGUCGUCCGAAAAGUCAUUCUGGGCCACGUGGCACACCACCGAGCUGGAAACAAUCAUAACCGGGUCUUUCCUGCACACUUCAAUGGUGAGGUUUUAAACAUCGCGGUGGUUCUUUGGUAGGCGGCGCAUAGUUCUCACCACCGCUCUCAAGCGACCAUUUUGCCGGUCCAUACUAACCGUACCGCCCUCCCGUUAUUGAUAUUUUCCAGACACGAGCGAUUGGACUCGCCCGGAAGAUUCCCGAUUCGAUGAGGGCCGAACGGUAACGAAGAUCACGCUUGGCGUUGCCAAACAAGCCAAAGAACCGCAACUGAAACCUUCGGAUGAAGCCACGGCCGAUUAUAAAACUGACAACGAUCACGCAUCGUAUACGUUUAGUCGAUCGUAACAUCGUCACCGGUUUGCGGUUGAAUAGUUAAAAGUUAGUUUAUUUUUUUUUAUGCUUAGUUAGUUUGUUACUUUUAGUUGUAGUUUUUUUUUUAUUUUUAUUUUUAAUAUUUCUUUUAUCAAUACUAAGUACUUGGAAAUAAUUUGGGGUAUUAGUGAUAAAAUUCUUAGGUUAAGUAAAAAACAGGCAUAUUUUCUACGUUUUUUUUUUUUUUUAUGCUAAAUUUUCAUUUUCAUCGAAAGAUAAUUGCUAAAAACUAGGUUUUUUUAUUUAUCCUAGUGAUAGAGAUAUAUAUUUAUUUUUAAUAUUUUAUUUUAGUUUCUUGUUUAAUAUUUUUGUGGGCAGGGAUAUUGGUAAUUACCAAUAUCCCUGUAUCCCAAUAAUAUUACAAUAAUUAUUGUCUCGUUGAGCAAUAUAAAAUCUUGUCAAAAAUUGUUUAUUAGUUUUAGGUGGAGUUGUAGUGACGGUUACUUUGGGUUCAUAGUCCCAGUAACUCACGUCACACAAUUCUAUAGGGAAUGUAUAAUAAUAUGUUGUGUGGAAUGAGGUAAUGGCGUGUAUAAUAAUGUUAUGGUAUUUCGUAUUAAUUUGUUUUAAAUUUGAGUCUUAUUUUUCUCCCUAAUUCGCUUUCUUUUUUUUAACAAGGCUUUUUUUUUUUAACUAUACAAUUUUAUUUCUUGUCCUACUCUUUUCUUUACGGAUUAAGGGAUGUUAAAAUAUUUCAUUUUUUUCGAAAUAACGCGUGCCAUUUCUCGAUGGAAUCUUGAAUGUAAGACAAUUUUUUUUUUUUUUUUUUUUUUGAACAAAAACAUUUUACUGGUUUUGACGAUUCUAUCGAACACAGCAGGACACACCAUAUAUUAUUAUACAACUUAGUUUAAUGCUAUAGGUUUAUUUGUUCUCUGAUUGGAUGGGUCUCAUCACAGAAUCAUAACAUAUAGGUUAAGUUAAAAAAUUAGGAAAACACGUUUUUGAACGGUAAUGGAUAUAAAAUGGCUUCAAAUUAGAUAUCCACGAAAACUCAAACCGGUUCGCUCUGUCGUCCCAUCGUUUCGUGGAUGUAAGUUUAGGUUAAGUCUAGGCUAAGUUUGAUUCUGAAUUUUUUGUUCUAAAUUGCUUCUUUUUAAAAGGAAUCGACGUAAUUGUCCUCUUUGACACCGCUAUUCGCUAUAAAAACAUAAUUAUGUAUAGGUUAUGUCUUCGUACAUAAUUUUCUUCUAUUCUUAUGG